CAUCUAUUCAGCAUCUCACAUUGUUGUUUGCAGAUGUCGGCCAAAAAUUCACUCGUAGAUAGCUACAAGACAAGGACUCCGAUUGUUGAUGGUAGAGUCGGUCAUCUAACCCAAGAGCAGGAGCAAAAACUCAAGCAGCUGUGGUCUAAGCUCUUUGCCCACUUUGAGACCACUUCGGGCAAAGCCAUACCUGUGUUGGACGACCCGUUUGGAGUCGGCAAGCAAGCAUGUCUUGACGACACCCCCGAGGAACUUACUGCGUGGUAUGCAGCCAACACGAGACGCGUCGAGGAUGCCAGGUACAGGACAGUGAGCGAUGAUCUGUAUUUGAGUGGCAAGCGCGAGGCUAUAGUUCCUAAGGGCUUCAAGCCCUUAUUUGGAGACAAGCCCAGCGAGCGGUCGUUUCGCAAUGCAUUCUGGCAGGCAGCGAUGACCCACCGGCACCCUGACUCGCUCCUGCUUGGAUACCUGGUUGUUAACGAUUGGGAUGUGCAGAAGGCAUUCGACGCAGUUGCUGCAACUGUCAAGUGGCGCGCGACCCAUGCUAUCGACAGGCUGAUGUGGGAGGGGGAAUCUACCCAGAACCUGCGUUUCCUUGAGCGUGCUUUGGACUAUACAGCGGGAAAAGACAAGCUAGGGUGCCCAGUAAUCGUGGUGCGCAGUCGUAAAUACACGCCAAAGGAAAUAUGCAAUGAGGUCUGGGAAAAGAGGAGUAUUUUCUUGUUGGAACGCACCACACUAAUUGCACGUGCUAGUGGCAAGAAGACGCUAAUAAUCAACGACCUGACAGGGUUUGGGAUGUCAAACAUCGACUACAAUGCUUCGAAGGAUUCACUGGACAAGCACAGCACUCACUACCCAGAUCUGUACCAGCUGCUGAUCCUGCAUGUCAACUCACGCCUGUUCUCGGGUGUGUGGAAGGUUGUAUCGAAAUUGCUCGACCCGGUGACUACUAGCCGAGUCCAGAUGACCAGGAACCUCGACGAGUUGCGCGUCUUUAUCGACGAUGACCAUAUCUCGUCCGACAUGGGUGGCAGAAACGAGGUCGAUUUGGUAUACAAGUAUCCUACUCGCGAGGAAAAUGCGAAGAUGUUCGAUACCCAGGGACGGGUCGCUGCAGAGAAAGCGUUUGUGGAUGCGGUGGAUGCCUUUGAGGCAGGAACUCGGGCAUGGUGCAGCAAUGGUGAUAUCCCCGCCCGUGACAAAUUGGCAGCCAGGCUUUACUCAGCGGUGAUUGAGCUCGAUCCGUACAUCCGCUCGCGCUUCCUGCUUGAGCGCCAGGGGAAAAUGUAGGGCGCCAGCGAUAUUGCCAGCUAGCCUAGAUUAUGCCACUCAGGAUGCAGGUUUCCCGCUAUUUCAACAUCUGCUGGACUGCUCGAUUGGUGGUGCUUGUUGAAAAGGCCCUCAACA